UAGCGUGCCUGAAUUAAUCGUUUCUUCACUCGAAGUGAUUAGGGCGCAAAAUCCACAGAGUGGAGUACGUCGUAUAAUUCUACGCUCGUAUACCAGUCAGGUACACAAGGCUACGUACGUCGGUACGUGUAUAGCGGCGUACGAGUACAAUUUAGUAGCUCACAGCAACGCGUACGCCACGAUAGGUAUGUGCUGCCUUCCCCGCUACGCCAACCCUAGACGUACCCCGACCGAUGGCACAAAUCGUAAAUACACCCAACCUCCAGCCCCACUUAGCCAACCUCAUCCCUGACUUUUAUCCGCACCGCCAACCUCCGACUCGCGCAAGGCGCAACCCCACCCUGUCUCCCCGUUCUGCCCCGCUCCUCUCCCAUGGCGACGCCCGCCACCGAGCCGGCCCCACCGAACCCUAACCCCGUGUCCGACGACCCGCCGCCGCCGCAGACGGAGGAGGAGGCGCCGGAGUCGCCGCCGCCUGCUUCGACCACCUCGAUCGAGUCCACCCCCUCCGGCGACAAGGAGAGCGAUAAUGAUUCUCAGUCCGUCUCGUCGGCCUCGUCCACCCCCGCGGCCGUCGCGGCCGCCGGGGGCGGGGCCGAGAGGCACUUCCCCGCGGCGAAGGACCUCCUCCACAUCUCCUUCAACCAGGACUACGGCUGCUUCGCGGCGGGCACCAAGUCCGGCUUCCGCAUCUACAACUGCGACCCCUUCCGCGAGAUCUUCCGCCGCGACCUCGCCGCGGAGGGGGACAGCGGCGGGGGAGGCGGUAUCGGCGUCGUCGAAAUGCUGUUCCGCUGCAACAUACUCGCGCUCGUCGGCGGCGGCGAUAACCCCCACUACCCGCCGAACAAGGUGAUGAUUUGGGACGACCACCAGAGCCGCUGCAUCGGGGAGCUCUCCUUCCGGUCCCCCGUACGCGGCGUCUGCCUCCGCCGCGACCGCAUCAUCGUGGUCCUCGAGAACAAAAUUUUCGUCUACAACUUCUCAGACCUUAAGCUCGUGCACCAGAUUGAGACCGCGCCCAAUCCGAAGGGCCUCUGCGCGGUGUCGCAGCAGCCUGGGUCGAUUGUGCUGGUUUGCCCUGGUGCGCAGAAGGGGCAGGUCAGGGUGGAACACUACGGGGCAAGGAAGACCAAGUUUAUCAAUGCACACGCUUCCCGUGUUGCGUGCUUUGCAUUGUCAAUGGAUGGGAGGCUGAUUGCCACUGCUAGCACCAAAGGAACGCUAGUCAGAAUCUUCAAUGCUGCUGAGGGCAAUCUUCUGCAGGAAGUAAGGAGAGGUGCUGAUAGAGCCGAAAUAUAUAGCUUGGCUUUCUCAAAUAAUUUGCAGUAUUUGGCUGUAUCCAGUGAUAAAGGAACAAUACAUGUGUUCAAUCUAAAGAUAAAUGUGGGAUCAACUGCAAAUGAUAAGCCUCUGCCGGCUCCAGAUCCUGAAGUUCCCCAUAUGAGUCCUCCUCUUUCUUUCAUUAAGGGUGUGUUGCCGAAAUAUUUCCACUCCGAGUGGUCGGUUGCUCAAUUCAGGCUGCAUGAGGGUGAGCAUUAUAUUGUUGCAUUUGGACAUGAGAAGAAUACCGUGGCAGUUGUUGGUAUGGAUGGAAGCUUCUACAGAUGCCAGUUCGACCCAGUUAAUGGAGGAGAAAUGCUGCAGCUGGAGUGCUACAGUUUCCUGAAACCAUCGGAUCAACCGUAGCAACAUAAUCGUGUACCUGGGUUGUACAGUAUCUUUGCGCGCACUCAUUCUUCUGGGGGCUAAGCAAAGCUAAUAUUAUUUGUAAAUAUAUCUUGGUGUUGGUUCCCAAGUAUGUUCUGUGGAGGGUUGAAAGAACCUUGUGCAGAUGAACAUGAUAGAAUGCAUCGUUGUUUAUGAAUAAUAGCCUUACAAUGUUUCUACAAUUCUUUUUUAUCAACUAACUGAUAGGCUCGUUCCGCUAAUGGUCUGUUGUUCCUUCGUGAAUAAAUCAGCAAGUGUUAGACGUUUU